AUGAACUCUGCCCUACAACCCCCAGCAGACCUGCAGCACCCCCAGCAGGUGUAUCAGCAGCCCACAUACACGGGCCAGUUACAAAAAAAGAAAGCUCCCGAAGGUUCGGUUGAGUGGUACUUCGACAGGACAUGUGACUGGAUGGGCGACCACCCAUGGCUCACGGGACUUGGAGCUUUCGGGUUGGCUUACGUGGCCGCAGGCAUGUUCAAACUGAACCAACCGGGACUACACGGGAAAGCAUUUAUCAAGGGCUCGUUUGGCCCAAAGAUGACGGCGAAGGAGGCCCUCCAGAUCUUGAACUUGAAAGAGACAAACUUGUCAAAAGCCAGGUUGAAGGAGCAGCAUAGGAAGUUGAUGAUGGCAAACCACCCGGAUAAAGGUGGGUCGGCCUUUUUGGCCACGAAAGUGAACGAGGCAAAGGACUUUUUGGAGAAGAGAGGCGGCAUGAAGGAUAAAUAA